CCGAAAUUCACGUGUGGCACAAUUGCUAAAGUGCACGCCGAUUCAAAUAAAUUCGUUUUAUUCAAUAAAAUUGUAUAAAAUAUAAAUAGAUACAUAUUGUAAUUUAAAAACAAUAUGUCCUCAUCAUUCUUCUUGAAAAAAGAGCCAAAGGCAAAUAAAAAACGAAAGCUUGCUAAGGAACCACUUCCAACAGGUAGUAAAAAAGCAGGAGCUAAUAAAAAGGCGUCCGCCUACAAAGCGCAGCCAGCACGUAAACGUCUACAGAAAGAAGAUGAAGAAAUUGCCAGUGAUGAAGAAUUCGAGAGUGGUUUGGACGGUGAAGGUGAUGCAACAAAUCUUGUUUUCUCAUCGGAUGAAGUUGAGGAGGAAACACCACAAGACAAACGACUUCGGUUAGCAAAGCAAUAUUUAGAAGAAAUAGAAAAACAAGAAGCUGAACGCACAGAAGAUCGCGAAUUACACGAUCACGUCUCGCAGCGUCUGCAAGCCGAAUAUCUGGAUAGUGUGGGAAAGUUGCGUCGUAAUAUAGCUGCGUCUAUUGAAGAUUACGAUGCGGAGAACAUAGUUGUGCUUAAGCAUAAAAAACAACAUCUGCCAAUAUGUGCGUUAGUUGUGUCGCCCGAUGGUAAAUAUGUGUUUACCGGCGCCAAAACGCAAUUUGUUUUAAAGUGGCACGUACAAGGUCAAGUCAAAUUGGAAGGUUUUUUCAAUGUACAACCGCAUACGGAAGAUGUAGAAAGUGACACACGACGACGCUCACACGUAACUGCUAUAUGUUUAUCAAGUGAUAUGAAAUAUUUAGCGUUGACCGAAGGUGGCCGAAAUAUACAAAUUUGGUGUCCCAAAGAACUGAAACAUUUGAAGACUUUUAAGGGACACAGAGAUGUCGUUACAUCGCUAGUGUUCAGAAAAGAUACGCAUGACUUGUAUUCGGGUUCGAAGGACAGAUCUGUAAAAAUAUGGUCACUCGACGAAAUGGCUUACGUGGAGAGCUUAUUUGGGCACCAAGCGCCUAUUACAAGUAUCGACGCACUCAGCCGGGAACGUGCCAUCACGUCGGGUGGUAUUGAUUGUACAUUGCGUAUAUGGAAAAUAACCGAAGAAUCACAAUUGAUUUAUAAUGGUCACCAGAAUGGCAUUGAAUGUGUGAAAUUCAUAAACGAUGAAAAUUUCGUCUCAGGUGGCGAAGAUGGUUCAAUAUGCAUGUGGAGUGCUUUGAAAAAGAAGUCGCUAUGCACUGCAGCGCUAGCACACGGUGCCCAAACCAAUGGUGUCGCCAAUUGGAUAACGGCGAUCGCAUGUGUGGUAAACACAGAUUUAUUAGCCUCAGGUUCCUGCGACGGUUAUAUACGUCUGUGGCAGUCACUGGACAAUUCUCGUAAACUCAAAGAGAUUUUAAAAAUUCCAAUACCGGGCUUUAUAAAUGCCUUAGCGUUUAAUAGCAAUGGCACAAAACUUUUUGCGGCUGUGGGGCAGGAGCACCGACUAGGUCGCUGGUGGCGCAUCAAAGAAGCGAAAAAUAAAAUAGUCAUAAUUGAUUUAAUAACGAGUGCGUCAAAGACUAGUUGAAAGUAAUCGCUGCAAAAGUAAAUUAA